AUGAAUGAUGAAAAAUAUGCUAAUUUAACAGCAGGGCUUGAAUAUGAUUAAAUCGACGAUAUUUAAAGCUUGUUUAAGCUUAUAAGUUAACUUUUAAAAAAUCUAAUUUUAUUCAUAUUCAAAAAAGUUAAAAUUCUUGAAAAGUUAAAUUUAGGAGAAUUGGAAAAUUGUUUGCAAUAAGAAUAAAAAUCUUCAAAUUAAGAAAAAACAGAGCAUGAUUUAUCUUUGUAUGAGGAUAUAGAUAAAGAACUUAACUUUGAAGAUUUGAACAAAAAAUUAAAAGUGAAUAUUGAGCUUUUAAUGUCACUUAAAAUAUAUUAUGAAGAAUUAAAUUUUAAAUAGAAUAUAUGA